GGCCUCCGCGGACGUCUUCCCGCGUCCGGCGGCCGCUGCUGGGGGCCGAUUGAGCGAGGAGCAGGAGUCGCGUUACAAUGCGCCGCGGCCUCUCGUAGUCUGCUCCACCGACGGCGGAGGCUCUUGCCUUGUCUUGAUUUUCCCCUUUUUAGCAAAUGCUUAAAUAGCCGUUGUUCUGUUCGGGCAGGCAUCGUGGAAGGCACUUUCCAAGUACUAACUUAGUCCCUUGUCAGGACUCUGGGAGGCAGGCGCUGCUGUCACGUGAGCUCCCCUCCUUCCCCCUUUUCUAACGUGGAGAGAGGAGGAGGUCAGGACCGUCCCAGGGCCAAGCAGCUGCCGUCGUAGGACGCGCCUCCGGGCUGCCCGGCUCCGGGUCCGUCUGCCGUGCGGGCUCUGCGUCAGCCUUACAGCCACAACCCAGGACGGUUCUUCUCUCACUGGAGUCUCAUCCUCCACUUUUCGGACCUCAGUCGUCCUGGGCUUCUGGUGAGGAUUUGAGAUGGGAGAAGAACAGACCCUAUCGGAUUUUGGGAUUUCCAGAAGCAAAGAUCAAAGAGGAAUCAUCGCGAAUAGACUCUUUCUGAAGAGUUAAGUCUAAGAUGGCCACAGCCUUGGUCCUUCAGACUUCAGAGAUGCAGGAAGGACUUCAGGCAGUAAAGGUAGAAGAGAAAGAGGGGGAUUGUGGCUGUGGGCAGGAAUCUGGCCUGCCGAGAGAGAACCCUCACACCAGAGAGAUCUUUCGGAGACGCUUCCGGCAGUUCUGCUACCAGGAGACCCCUGGGCCCCGCGAAGCUCUUCGAAGACUCCGGGAGCUCUGCCAUCAGUGGCUGCGGCCCGAGACGCACAGCAAGGAGCAGAUCGUGGAGCUGCUGGUGCUGGAGCAGUUCCUGACCAUCCUGCCCGAGGAGCUGCAGGCCUGGAUGCGGGAGCACCGCCCCGAGAGCGGGGAGCAGGCAGUGACUGCGCUGGAGGACCUGGAGAGGGAGCUGGAUGAGCCAGGAGAGCUGGUGGAAGAUGGGAGCACAGAGGUCCCAAGCUAUGCUUGUGAACAGGGAGAGUUUGCGAAGGAGAAAGCAGCUCGGGGACCAGCCCAGGAGUUGCCAGGUGGCCGGCCCCAGCCCUUGGAAGAGCUGCAUCGGUGCCGUGCACGCGAGCUGCGCCCGGUUCCGAUCGGUGGUGCGGCCAGGACUUGGAACGUGGAGUUAGGCCCGGAGAGGGAGCUUUCUACAGAGACGAGGCCUCUUGUGGAAGCACCGGAGAAACCGAACAGUGAUGCUGCUCAAAUGCCUGAGUGCGGAGACCCCUGUGAGCGGGACGGCAGGCUGGAGAGGCAGCGGCCAAACUCUUCCGUGGAGAGACCCUAUGUCUGUGGUGAAUGUGGGAAGAGCUUCACCCAGAAUUCCAUCCUUAUCGAGCACCAGAGGACGCACACGGGGGAGAAGCCCUACGAGUGUGAGGAGUGUGGGCGCGCCUUCGGCCAGCGCUCAGGCCUGUUCCAGCACCAGAGGCUCCACACCGGGGAGAAGCGCUACCAGUGCGGCAUCUGUGGGAAGGCCUUCAGCCAGAACGCCGGGCUCUUCCAUCACCUCCGGAUCCACACGGGGGAGAAGCCCUUCCAGUGCGGCCAGUGCAGCAAGAGCUUUAGCCGACGCUCUGUCCUCAUUAAGCAUCAGAGAAUUCACACCGGGGAGAGGCCUUACAAGUGUGAGGAGUGUGGCAAGAACUUCAUUUACCACUGCAACCUUGUUCAGCAUCGCAAGCAGAGGUUCUGUCCGGGAGGAAAACCUCACGAGUGCGAGGAGUGUGGGAAAGCCUUCAGUCAGCACUCGCGCCUUGUAGAACAUCAGAGGGUCCAUACUGGAGACAGGCCUUACAAGUGCGAGGAAUGUGGAAAAACAUUCCGUGGGAGAACUGUGCUUAUCCGGCACAAAAUAAUCCACACUGGUGAGAAACCAUAUAAGUGUAACGAGUGUGACAAAGCCUUUGGCCGGUGGUCAGCUCUUAACCAACAUCAGAGACUUCACACAGGAGAGAAGCACUACCACUGUAAUGAGUGCGGCAAAGCCUUCAGCCAGAAAGCAGGCCUCUUUCACCAUCUCAAGAUCCACACGAGAGACAAACCGUACCAUUGUACUCAGUGUAAUAAGAGUUUCAGUCGGCGCUCGAUACUUACUCAGCAUCAAGGAGUUCACACUGGGGCGAAGCCCUAUGAGUGCAGCGAGUGUGGAAAAGCCUUUGUGUAUAACUCAUCCCUGGUUUCCCACCAGGAGAUCCAUCACAAAGAAAAGUGCCAUCAGUGUAAGGAAUGUGGGAAAUCCUUCAGCCAGAGUGGCCUUGUUCAGCACCAGAGGAUCCACACUGGGGAAAAACCUUACAAGUGUGAUGUAUGUGGAAAAGCCUUUAUUCAGAGGACAAGUCUUGUAGAACAUCAGCGAAUUCACACUGGGGAGAGACCUUAUAAAUGUGAUGAGUGUGGGAAGGCUUUCACGCAGAGAUCUGUCCUCACAGAACAUCAGAGAAUCCACACUGGAGAGAGGCCCUACAAGUGCGACGAGUGUGGGAAUACCUUCCGAGGAAUCACCAGCCUCAUCCAGCACCAGAGAAUCCACACUGGGGAGAAACCCUACCAAUGUGAUGAAUGUGGCAAAGCCUUCAGACAGAGGUCAGAUCUUAGUAAACACCAGAGAACCCAUGCUAGAGGUGGUCCUUGUACAUGUAAAGAGUGUGGGGAGUCGUUCAGGCAGACCUCAGCUCUUACUCAACAUCAGAGUACCCACAGAGGAGAAAAACUGUACAGGUGUAAGGAAUGUGGGAAAGCUUUCAACAGAGGGAGGGAACUGCUCCAGCACCAGCAGCUCCACGAUCUGCUCCUUGCUGCGACUGGAGAGAGACGGCAUAGGUGCAGUGAGUGUGGGAAAGGCUUUACUCAGAGCUCAGUCCUCGUCCAGCACCGGAGAACCCACACGGGGGAGAAGCCCUACGAGUGCGAAGAAUGCGGGAAGACCUUCAGCCAGAGGUCGGGCCUGAUCGAGCACCAGCGGAGCCACACUGGAGAGAAACCCUACAAGUGUAAGGAGUGCGGCAAAGCCUUCAGCGCCAGCAACGGCCUCAUCAGACACCGGAGGAUCCACACGGGGGAGAAGCCGUACGAGUGCGAGGCGUGCGGGAAGGCCUUCCGCCUGAGCUCGUACCUCGCGCAGCACCAGAGGAUCCACACCGGGGAGAAGCGCUACCGCUGCCCUGAGUGCGGGAAGGCCUUCAGCCAGAACGCGGGGCUCUUCCAGCAUCUGCGCGUGCACACGGGGGAGAAGCCCUACCCGUGCGGCCAGUGCGGCAAGCGCUUCAGCCGGAGAACGCUGCUCGUCAAGCACCAGAGGAGCCACACCGGCGAGCGGCCGUUCGCCUGCGAGCAGUGCGGGAAGGCCUUCGGCCACCACUGCAACCUUGUUCGGCAUUUCAGAACCCACACCGUUGCCAAGCUGGCCUCAUUCCGUGCCGGGCUGAUUAACCACAAACUGGAGGCUUCCUUCCGGGACUCAUGUGACCACGUGCUGCGUGUGCGCCAGUCACCGCCGUGCGGAGUGCGGCUGGAGACCCCGGCCUGUGACGCCUCCGAGCCCGCUCGUUCUCCAGGUUGCCUUGGCUGUUCCGACACCUUCCCUGCACUCACCAUACAGUUUCACUAUGGCCGGCUGAGCUCCCUGGUGGACGUCCUCCUCAUUAGCAGAACACCUGAGCUCCCUGGCUGGUGCUAUGCCCACAGCGUUGGAGCACAGGCUGAGAAUGCAAGGCCUUGGAGCAGUUCACUCACCCGAGCUCGGUCCCUUCUCCUCCCCUUUCGGGUCAUGUCUCCUGCAGCAUAUUCCAAGGAGGAGAUGUGCAUUCGGGCCCACAAGUCACCCGGCAUUUAUCCUGGGUGUCUCCAGUGCGCACGCGUGGCCCAUUCGGCGUUGCCUAAUGUUCCCGCUGCGGGGACCCUGUGCGGAGGCCGCCGUCGUGCCGCGUCUUUUCGUCUCGCCGCCCCACGCCUCUGCCCUCCCAUCUCACGGGCCCCUCCCUGCCAGUCAGCUGACCCCGCGGUCCGCGACCUCAGCCCCUCCCUGGCCAGGAUCGUCCCCGAGCACCUGCCCAGGGACCUUCUGCAGCCCAACUCAGCGCCAAGUGAGGCCGCCGUUGGGGCUUCUCUGGUCCUCGCCCCCGCGUGGGCGCCGCUCCCUGCUCACCGUGUCGGUCUCCGAGACUCGGCCGGUCACCACCCUGUCUGGAGUCCUGCUCCCCAGCCCCUCGCUCCCUGCUCCCCACACUUCACCUCUUCAUCCUUCUCAAAGCUUCAGUCCCACAGCCUCGCGCUCCACUCCAGAGAGGCCCCAGAAUGGCUCAGGCAGAAAGUGCCACUGACCCGGCCGCCUGCUGUGGCUCCUGCCACCCCCAGCCCCCAGCUCUGGACCCUCUCGGGCGCCGGCGUGGUCCCUCCUCGGCCUCUCUCCUUCCCACCUCAUCUGCAGCCCCAGAUCCCUGCCCGGCCCCGAGUCCCAUCCAGACGGCCCCUUCCCUGCCCCACGCUGUGUCCCGCGCUGUGCCCUCCCGGGACUGCACGGCAGGGACAAGAUAAUCGGUGCCACCAGCCUCUUUCCGCCAGACGUCCCUUUCAGCCAGUAAGAAACGGGAAGCCGGGCGGGGCCUCCGCGAAGCCCUCUGCGCUCUCAGUCCAGGGAGGGCACAUGCGUAGAUGUGGCCUCCUGCCCGCUGUAGACCUAGUACUUGGCGCCGCAGGGACCCUCCUGCAGUCACGGGGGCCAGAACUGGGCGGUGCUUGUCUCUGCAAGUCCAGGUGGCCAUACUGCACGGAAGUGAACGAAGACACGUCCUCGGACUGUGCCGUCCUGCGGCCCAUAGUCUGGCCCGGAGAAGUCCCCCACGAGGGCGUGGAGCGGAGUCAGCCACCCUCAGCGGUGUCCCUGCCGAGGGCCCGCGGGCUCCGUGGUGGCUGUGAGUACUUGGGAGACACGCGCAGGUUCAGGGGAAUCGGAGCGAAGUGCAGCGACACAGGAAAGUCGAGAGCCAUCCAGGGGAGAUGGUGCAGCAGGCGCACUGAGCUCACCUGGUCCCGUGGGUACAAAGAGGUUGCACCCGCUUCAGCGCACACGGCCCAGAAAAUGCCGCAGAGACUGGCAGGACAGACUCUCGCAAGCGAAAUGCAGAGAAGCGCCCAUCGUCUGCGAGAGGGACGGGAGCGCUGGGUUUCUCCAACAGCAGACGCCGGCAGCCUCCACUUCCGCUCCUGCACCCCAGCCUGGACCCGCAGAGGGUGGGGGCCGGGCCGGUGCCGCGCUCCCCGCAAGCCUCUGCCCCACAUUAGCCUCCGGCCACAGUCCCUCCGAAGCAGUUCUGGGCGCUGCAGUGCCCUCCUGCCCGGGACCUGGACGGCCCUGCCACACCACAUGCCACACCACAUGGCGCGUCCAUACACUCAGGGGCCUCCCCAUCCGGCUUGUGGCAAGAGUUUUCUAAAGGGGCUCCUGGCCACCCCUCACAGCCAGCCUUACCCACAAGCUGCCAACGCCACAGCCCUGCCCCCUCCAGGGGGCCCAGCCCCACUCUCCCCCGUGCCUCCUGCCCCAGGGAGCAGUGUCUUUCUCCAGGUCCUCCAGCGCGGCCACCGCCUGCUCCGCGCUCUCGGGGCGGCGCUCCCGCACCCAGGCCUGCAGCUCCUCGGGCAGGAUGGUCAGGAACUGCUCCAGCACCAGCAGCUCCACGAUCUGCUCCUUGCUGUAGGUCUCCGGCCGCAGCCACUGGCGGCAGAGCUCCCGCAGCUGGCUCAGUGCCUCGCGGGGCCCCGGGGUCUCCUGGUAGCAGAACUGCCGGAAGCGCAGGCGGCAGAGCUCCUGAGCGCAGGGGCUGCUCUCCCGCGAGCCCCAUUCUGUGCUGACCUAGGACUUGCUUUGGCCAAGAGAACAUCACAAAAACGGCUUUGCAAGAGAAAGCACGUCGCAGCCCUUGGCAUACCGCAGCAGGCCUGCUGCGCUCUGGGAAAGCCCGGACUGGCCAAGGACUGGACCCCAGAGGCCCCAGCUGAGGUUCCAGCAGUGCCCAGCUCCCAGCUGAUCACAACCACAGUCAGAGGCUCCAUCCACACAGACCAAGGGAGCCUGGCUUCCGCCUUCCGCGGCAGAGGCCCCGUCCACAAGCCCCAGCGAGCUCGGCUCCCGACCCUUAACGACAGAGGCUUUGCCCACACAGCCCUUGCGAGCCCGGCUCCUGCACCCUCCCCGCCCCCAGAGGUCAGAGGCCCCGUCCACACAGCCCUAGGGAGCGCAUCUCCCAUCUUCCGACAUCAGAGCGCCGUCCACAGCCCCAGCGAGCCCGGCUCCCGCCUUCCGAGGUCAGAAGCCCUGAGCCCCACCACAGCCAGCGUGACUCCCGACCCCAAGAUAAGAAGCCUCGUCCACACAGCCCCAGGGAGCCCGGCUCCCGCCCACCGAGGUCUGAGCCACGUCCACACAGCCCCAGCGAGCACGACUCCCGCCAACCAAGGUCGGAGGCCCCGAACACACAGCCCCGGCGAGCACAGCUCGUGUCACCCGACAACAAAGGCUCCGUCCACACAGCCCCACCCCAGCGAUCCCGGCUCCCGCCUCCCGCGCGAGGUCCGAGGUCCGAGGUCCCGUCCACACAGCGCCAGCGAGCCCGGCUCCCGCCCCCCGCCCGAGGUCCGAGGUUUCGCCCACAAGCCCCGCGAGCCCGGCUCUCACCUGGCGUCCGGGCAGCACGGCGGUCGGAAGCGGCUGGCAGGGCACCUGCGGCGUCCGGGGCACCCCGGGGGCACCAGGCGGGCGCGCAAUACCUGCGGGUCCGACUGCUGGUCAGCGGACCAAAAGCUCAAGAAACACGUUCAGCAAAGACGCGGCGGCCCCGCCACACGCUCCGGGGGGCUGAGCGCGAAGGUUCCAAAGCGUCUCCUUCCGCCGCUCGCGCAGCCGAGUAGCGGCUUUGCUAGGAACGCGGUCCCGGCCUCUCUAGGAUUGCGGCCGCCCUUCUCUCUAGUGCGCCCGGAGGACCCCCGCCGCCGUCCCGCGCACGCGCGAAAUGGCAUUAACGGUGGCAGCCGGUCAGACUACACGCAGCCAGAUGCAGAUGGGAAGUGGGUCAAGACUGCAAAGCCCCGGAACGUCCCGCUCAGCCUGGACCUGUGGUUCCCGCACCGCUGCCACAGGGGCCGCCUCCUCUGCAAGCACCUUCUGCUUCUUUGCCUGGUCUGGGUCCUAGGGACAGUUAUCUCCAGCUGCAGGUGCUCCAGCAUGACCACCACCUCGUCCCCACUCUCCGGGCGGCGCUCCCGCACCCGGGCCUGCAGCUCCUCGGGCAGGAUGGUCAGGAACUGCUCCAGCACCAGCAGCUCCACGAUCUGCUCCUUGCUGCGCGUCUCGGGCCGCAGCCAGCGUCGGCAGAGCUCCCGCAGCCGGCUCAGCGCCUCGCGGGGCCCUGUGGUCUCUUCAUACCGCAACUGCCUGAACUGUUUGCACAGUGGCUCUUGUCCGAGGCCUGAGCUCUUUCCUGGUAGCCUGAACCCCUGUCCCCAAGUAGAGCAGCGAUCCUCCUUCCCUGUCCGCGGCCCCUCCUUCUUCAGAUUCAGAGGAGCUGGGGAGUGCGCAUUCGCCAGUGCCAUCGCCAUCCCCAGCGUCAGCCUGCUUCCGCUCUGCCCCAGAAGCUUCCUUUUCACGGUCUCCUCCUGCCAAUUUGUGCCCCGGGAGCUAAUCCGCAGCUUCAGGACGCCCCAGGCCCCCGCCCCCAGCCCCCCUCCCCGGCCUGCGGGCACUCUGUCGCAGAAGGCUCCUCUGCACCCAGGGAACAAGCUGCUUCCCAGCCCGGGGCUGCAAGACUUUCCCAGUCGCAGCGCAGUCACCACACACCCAGCACCCACCCGCAGGGGCAGCCGGUGGCGCUCCACCAAGGUCCGCGGUCCUCACCCUGCACCAAGGCCCACUCCCCCGCUCACCGUCGCCUCCGCUCUAGGAAUGCGGGAGGACCACGGCUCGAUUGUGUCCUGCUUCCGGCGCGCGGAAGGAGGGCGGAGUUCCGCCCACUCGCGGCGCGCAGCUCUCCUCCUUUUCCUUCUCGUACUCCUCCGCCCACUGCCGGUCGCCCGCAUAGUGGCGGUGACGGUAGCGGUACCCGCCGUAGUAGACGGAAGAGGACGAGAAUGCGCAGUUGCGGGACGCCGCGGCCUGCUCUCGAGAGCUGCCGAGCGGGCAAGAGGCGCCAACGCCCGAGCCUCCCCACGGAGGCCUGAGGCCCUCGCGGCCGCGGGAGUGAGAGCGGGCCCGGCCUCCCCACGGGGAGCGUCUGGCCUGCGCGGACGGCGGGCUCCCCGACGAGCUGCGUCGCCACCUCCGAGAGCCCGCGGUGUCCUCGGAAGAGCGGGACCGGGACACCGGGGCCAUGAGCCACGCCCUCACCGGCGAUCGAAGGACCAACGCCGGGCAGUUACCACAGAAACAGCGCGGGCCGGCACUUCCCGCCCACCCGGGCGCACGAGCGACUUCCGCUUCCGGCGGGUUGCUAGGCGAGGGAACGCCGGCUUGUCUGGGACCGCGGGUUGGAGAGGCGAGGCUGCGCGGUGCAGCUCGCCGUGCCUUCUUCCUUCCGGCCCUGAGCGCAGCCAUCCUGGCGCGAGCCCGGCAGCUGAAGGGUUAAACUGGGGGCUGCCGCGGAGAGGCGCGUGCUCGCGGGUCCACGCCCCCCGGCUUCCGGGGACCAGCUUCCGGUGCCUGGGCUGCGCGCGCUCCGGCGGCCGGGGCUCCUGCCCGUUCCACUCCGCCGCGGGGAGACUGGCUACCGGGCUCGGGGCGGCAGCGGAGGGGGCGCGGCCAGGGUGUGGCCGCGGGGAAGCAGUGCCCCGUGUGGCCCGCAGUCGUGCUGGCCGGCAGCGACUCCGCACUCGAGGAACUGCCGGGGAAGUAGAUCGGCUCGCGGGCGGGAGGCCUGAGAUGGCCAGAGAGUCGAAGUCCAGCGCGGCCUUGCACGCCGACGCGGCAGAGGAGCGGCCGGGGCUCCUGACGGGGGUCCUGACGGUGAAGGUGGAGGAGGACGACGUUCCCGCGCCGGCGGUAGAGGCGGGCGCGCCGGGCAGCCCGGCCCCCGGCCCCGAGCGCUCGCGCCGGCGCUUCCGGGGCUUCCGCUACCCCGAGGCCGAGGGGCCCCGCGAGGCGCUGAGCCGGCUGCGGGAGCUCUGCCGACGCUGGCUGCGGCCCGAGACGCACAGCAAGGAGCAGAUCGUGGAGCUGCUGGUGCUGGAGCAGUUCCUGACCAUCCUGCCCGAGGAGCUGCAGGCCUGGGUGCGGGAGCAGCAGCCGGAGAGCGGGGACGAGGUGGUGGUGCUCCUGGAGUAUUUGCAGAGGCAUCUGGAGGAGCCAGGGCCGCAGGUCCUCGGUGGUGACCAGACGCAGCUGCUCUGUUGCAAGAUGGCGGUGCUGACACCAGCCCAGAGGCCCUGGAGUACCGAGUUGCAGCCAAAGAAGGCUCUGCUCAAGCGCGAAUCUCUGGGAUCCCAGGCCUCAGCAGACAGAGUCCUCCAGGUUCCCGGGCUUGCCCCGGGAGGGCACCGCAGAGGACACGCACUGGUGACUGCCAGGCUGCCCCCACAGCCCCAGGGCUUGCUGAAGACGGAAGACGUGGCCCUGGCUUCCUCCCUUGCGUGGACACAGCUGGAUUCAUCUUGGAGGAGCUUCCACGGAGAGGAAAGGCAGGAGAACUGCGGCGGCCUGACUCCCCUGGGUGGUGCCAUGCAGGCUGAGAUCGCGGACCCGCGCCUAGAUGAGCAACAUCCAGGACAAGAGACUGGGGAAAUGCCGUGCCCUGUGGGUGAAGACACUGCCCAGGUUCCCGCCCACACAGAAGCUGGUGAACAGGAGGGCAGGUUACCAAGAAAGCAGAAAAAUGACACAGGAAGUAGGCGGCACUAUUGUCAUGAAUGUGGAAAGAGUUUUGCUCAGAGUUCGGGCCUGACUAAGCACAGAAGAAUCCACACUGGAGAGAAACCCUACGAAUGUGAAGACUGUGGCAAGACCUUCAUCGGGAGCUCUGCCCUCGUCAUCCAUCAGAGAGUCCACACUGGCGAGAAACCGUAUGAGUGUGAUGAAUGUGGCAAGGUCUUCAGUCACAGCUCAAACCUUAUCAAACACCAGAGAACCCACACGGGGGAGAAGCCCUACGAGUGCGAGGACUGCGGGAAGACCUUCAGCCAGAGCUGCAGCCUCCUGGAACAUCACAAAAUCCACACGGGGGAGAAGCCGUACCAGUGCAGCAUGUGCGGCAAAGCUUUUAGGCGGAAUUCACACCUCCUGAGACACCAGAGGAUCCACGGUGACAGGAACGCUCCUGUGUCUUACAAAUGUCAUGAGUGUGAGAGAAGUUUCACCUGCAACAGAAGCCUUAUUGAACACCAAAAAAUCCACACUGGUGAGAAACCCUAUCAGUGCGACACAUGUGGAAAAGGCUUUACCCGAACUUCAUACCUUGUCCAACAUCGGAGAAGCCACGUCGGGAAAAAACCUUAUAAGUGUGAGCAUUGCCUGAAGGUUUUCCCACACUCGAGUCGACAUGCCCCCCACCCCCGUGUCCACACUAAAGAGAAAUCGUGUAAGUGCAACGAAUGCGGGAAAGCUUUUAGUUACUGUUCGGCUCUUAUUCGCCAUCAGAGAACACAUACAGGCGAAAAGCCCUACAAAUGUAACGAAUGUGAGAAAGCCUUCAGCCGGAGUGAGAACCUUAUAAACCACCAAAGGAUUCACACUGGAGAUAAACCGUAUAAAUGCGAUCAGUGCGGAAAAGGCUUCAUUGAGGGCCCGUCUCUUACUCAACAUCAGAGAAUUCACACUGGAGAGAAACCCUAUAAAUGUGACGAAUGUGGGAAAGCCUUUAGUCAGAGGACCCACCUGGUGCAGCACCAGAGAAUUCACACCGGGGAGAAACCAUACACUUGCAAUGAGUGUGGAAAAGCCUUUAGCCAGAGGGGCCACUUCAUGGAACAUCAGAAAAUUCACACCGGAGAGAAACCCUUUAAGUGUGAUGAAUGUGACAAAACCUUUACCCGGAGCACACACCUUACUCAGCACCAGAAGAUCCACACGGGCGAGAAAACCUACAAAUGCAACGAGUGCGGGAAGGCGUUCAACGGGCCGUCGACGUUCAUCCGCCACCACAUGAUCCACACCGGGGAGAAGCCGUACGAGUGCAACGAGUGCGGGAAGGCCUUCAGCCAGCACUCGAACCUCACGCAGCACCAGAAGACGCACACGGGGGAGAAGCCGUACGACUGCGCCGAGUGCGGGAAGUCCUUCAGCUACUGGUCGUCCCUGGCGCAGCACCUGAAGAUCCACACGGGGGAGAAGCCGUACAAGUGCGCCGAGUGCGGCAAGGCCUUCAGCUACUGCUCGUCGCUCACGCAGCACCGGCGGAUCCACACCCGGGAGAAGCCCUUCGCUUGCGGUGAGUGCGGGAAGGCCUUCAGCUACCUGUCCAACCUCAACCAGCACCAGAAGACCCACACGCAGGAGAAGGCGUACGAGUGCAAGGAGUGCGGCAAGGCCUUCAUCCGCAGCUCGUCGCUGGCCAAGCACGAGCGGAUCCACACCGGCGAGAAGCCCUACCAGUGUCACGAGUGCGGCAAGACCUUCAGCUACGGCUCGUCGCUCAUCCAGCACCGGAAGAUCCACACGGGGGAGCGGCCGUACAAGUGCGGCGAGUGCGGGCGUGCCUUCAACCAGAACAUCCACCUGACCCAGCACCAGCGCAUCCACACGGGCGCCAAGCCCUACGCGUGCGCCGCGUGCGGCAAGGCCUUCCGCCACUGCUCAUCGCUGGCGCAGCACCAGAAGACACACGCGGAGGAGAAGCCCCACCAGUGCGGCCAGUGCGACAAGGCCUUCAGCCAGAGCUCCCACCUGGCGCAGCACCGGCGCGUCCACACCGGCGAGAAGCCCCACCAGUGCGGCGAGCGCGACAAGGCCUUCAGCCGCGGCGCGCACCCGACCGAGCACCAGACCGCGCACGCGGCCCAGAAGCCCUGCGACGGCCGCGAGUGCCGCAAGGCCCUCAGCCAGCGCCCGCGCGCGCGCUCCGGGGACAGACCUUUUGGCUGCGGCGACUGCGGAAAAGCCUUCCGGUAUCGCUCGGCCCUCAGCAAGCACCAGAGGCUGCACCCGGGCAUCUGAUGCGAGCCGGUCCGCUCGGUCCCCGGCCGCGUCCCCAAGGAGUGGAGCGACGGGAGAAAUGGGGUGGGCCCUGCGGCCUCUCCUCCAUGUGCUGGGGCGUGGACAGGACAUGGGCUGGGGCGACCGGCUGUGACAUCUGGCAGCUCGGGGACACUGCAGAAUGGCACCGUUUGACGCUUCGGUUUGCUCUGUGAAUGAGGGAGUUGGAUAGAGGGUUUCAGGGGCUGUUCGGAGUUUUCUAUCCCAAUUUUGUAUAUUCACAAUCUCUUUGUGAUUAGGAUUACUCUGCGUCAGCGCUGGGCUGUGUCGCCGCUAGAGUGUGUCUGUCUCUGCAUGUUUGGCUAAUAGAAAGCAUUUGUGCUUCAGCAACUAGACGGGGACCUGUGAGGCUCCUGUUCUCAUGCAUUAAGUUGAUUAAGUAACUGGUUCCUAAUAAAAAGAAUUAUAAAGCAUUCUUAAGUAAUUCAGAAUGUAUACUG